GAAUUUAUCGUCUGUGCUGCAAAAUUUUUUUCUUGCCUUCUUGGUAUCCUUCAAGAGCAUUGUUCUUCGCUUCGACAGUUCGACUACAAAAUAGAAGACAGAAGAAAUGCUGGAUAAAAUGCUCGAUUCUUCGAAUUUUCUUCUUGAUCACGCUACUUUUCUCCUGCAACACCUGGCUGAAUUUGGUGUAGCGCAACAAUGAACGGACGGAGGUUACUAGUUGCCCUUCUAUUGGGGUUUCUGCUACGCGUAAAUUAUCUUUGUACCAAUGGAGAGUCGUCGACUUGCCUGACGGUGUACAGAGAAGGAGGUGCACCGGCUGUGUUCCAGUCCCCCAAAUGCCCUCGCUGGACCCUAUCAAAUUACCGUUCCAAUCCGAAGAAUUCCCCGUCGUCGGCCGCUAGGUGCCAAUCGGCAAUGCACCAGGGUCGCCGAAAGUCCCAGGAAGAUCGUACUCUUUGUGCCCUCGACAUUCGCAUUCCUUUUCCCUGUCCUACAGGAGUUAAGGAAGUCACAGUUGGUAUUAUUGCAGUUUUUGAUGGUCAUAAUGGUGAUCAAGCUAGUGAUACGGCUUCAAAGCUAUUGCUGGAGUACUUUACGCUGCAUACUUACUUUCUUCUUGAUACAACAUUUUCAUUUUUAUUGGGGAGAUCCGUGGGAAGGUUACCAAAUAAAGGAGUUCAGGGUCAGUUUUUCCAAAAGCCGAGGUGGGAAAACAAUGAUCGCCAUGCAAUAUAUAUUGGGAGGCUUAAGCUGGAGUUAUCAGCAAUAUGGGAUGAAUCCUUUCACUUGGAGAUAUUAAGGGAAGCAUUGUUGAGAGCAAUCCAUGACAUUGAUGUGGCAUUCACGAAGGAUGCUUUCAGAGAGAAUUUUGUUUCUGGUUCCACGGCUGCAGUCAUACUUCAAGCUGACACUCAAGUUUUGGUUGCAAAUAUUGGAGAUUCAAAGGCAUUUUUGUGUUCUGAGUUACAUCAGUCUCCUUAUGAAGCAAAAGCCACUUUGUUAAGGUUGUACAGGCAGAAUAGAGAUGAUAAGACUUCUUCAUUUUUAAAAGAUUACCGCAGUCUCAAGUUGGCAGCUUCCAGUGGCUUGACUUUUUUGAUUGCAAAGGAACUUACAGAAGAUCACCAUCCGGAUAGAGAUGAUGAACGAUCUCGUGUGGAAGCUGCCGGAGGGUAUGUUUCUGAGUGGGGAGGAGUAGCUCGAGUCAAUGGUCGAUUGGCUGUUUCAAGAGCAAUUGGAGAUGUGUACUUCAAAAGUUAUGGUGUUGUAUCCCUACCUGAGGUGAAUGAUUGGCAACCUUUGACCGUCAAUGACAGUUAUUUAGUGGCUGCAACUGAUGGCGUAUUUGAGAAGCUAAAUCCACAGGACAUAUGUGAUAUAUUUUGGGAAUUGCAUACUGGUACCAGUGUGAGCUCAGAACUUAUUGACUUUUCAUCAUACUCAUUAGCUGAUAGAGUUGUGGAUGCUGCAUUUGAUAGAGGCAGUCUCGAUAACAUGGCAGCUAUUGUAGUUCCUGUCAAAUCCUUUGGUACUUCUCCAAGUUUGCUUAAGAAUGUGUUUGAUGAAGCUGGGGAGCAUGAUUCCUCGGCCUCAGGAUAUAUCAGGCCCCUUAAUGAGCGACCAGGUGAUGAUCACAUGUCAGAACCUGUGGAGGUGGAGCAUACUUAUUCUGUAGGUGACAAGUUUGAGCGGUUAUUGGUUGAAAGGAAAAAAAGCAGCUUUGGGUGUUUUUACUUAUCUGAAAACCUCAACGAAAUUGACGACCACACAUUUUGGGUGGAAAAGGAUGACCAUGAACAUAGUUUUAAGCUAACUCAAGCAUUGCCUAGUGCUGUCACUCAUACUUGUGGUGGCCUGAAAAAUGUCCAUGAUAAACAGAGUAUGUGCAUGUUCUAUGGAUUUUCGGCUGAUGAAGAUAAUGGUCAAUGCACAAAUCCAGAAAGUUUUACUAGUUUCCUUGGUCUGCUUGGAUCAAUUCCUCUCCAUGGUACUGGUCCGGAUGAGCAUACAAUACCCGAUUCAAGGUACAUACUAAAGAAGAGGUAUGGCCGUGGAUCGUACGGCGAAGUUUGGCUCGCUUUUCAGUGGAAUUGUUCUAAAUUGAGCAAAAGCUCAGAACAGAGUUCUAAAGAUGGAAAGUUCUAUUAUCAAUAUAUGCAUUUCAGGGAUUAUGAUGGAAGUUCAGAGACAAGCUCAUUUGCUGAUGAUCGAUACAAUGGGACUGCUGAUGAUAAAAUGUUCAUCUUGAAGCGCAUAAUGGUAGAGAGAGGGCCUGCUGUCUAUCUAAGUGGUCUGCGAGAGAAAUAUUUCGGUGAAGUUUUUUUGAAUGCCUCCACCGUUUUAAGAGCUUCACCACCAGCUGCAGCAUCAGAUGCUUUCUCUGGGGAUGCUUUAUCAGAUACUAGCUGUAAUUUAAAAGCCAAUCAGUCCAUGAAACAUGAAACUGAAGUUACAUGGAGCUCACAAAGUAUAUCCUCUGGAAAAAGGAAGUCGCUAAAAGUUAAUUAUGAAGAUGGCUUGAACCACAUUGCCAGAUUUGUUGAGUCUUUUGAGUCUCAAUCCAAUCAAAUGUGGCUUGUUUUUCGCCAUGAAGGUGUUUCCUUAUCGAAGCUUCUAUAUACGGCUGAAGAAGUGAUAAAUAGUGAUGAUCAAGGAAGCGAUGACCAUCUUAAGCGUGUUCAGAUAUUGCACCCAUCAAAAUGGUGGCACUGGUUGAAGACAACAGAAGCAGGGCAAGAGGAAAUGCAAAAUCUUAUAUUGCAAUUGUUGAAGGCACUGAAGUCUUGCCAUGACCGCAACAUCACUCACAGGGAUAUAAAGCCUGAAAAUAUGGCCGUUUGCUUUGAAGAUCAGUUUUCUGGGAGAUGCUCUAAUGGACUUCCAGAUGGAGAUAACAAUUAUGCUACUAAAAUGCGCCUUAUUGGCUUUGGUAGUGCAUUGGAUGAUUUCACCAUGAGGCAUUUGUAUGGUUCCACAGGACCUUCUAGAGCUGAACAAACGUCUGAGUAUGCUCCUCCAGAAGCUUUACUGAACGUUAGCUGGUACCAGGGCCCAAUGCACAAAAUUGUAACGUAUGAUAUGUGGAGUGUCGGUGUGAUAAUCUUGGAGUUGAUUCUAGGAUCACCAAAUGUGUUUCAGAUAAAUUCUAAAACACGCGCUCUUUUAGAUCAGCACCUUGAAGGUUGGAAUGAGAAUCUGAAGGAACUUGCUUACAAACUCAGAUCUUUUAUGGAAAUGUGCAUCUUAAUCCCUGGGAUUCCUACAAGACUUCAUCACAAUUCGGAGACAAAAGAUCAUGGUUCAGUUCCUCCAGUUCCAUGGAAAUGCUCGGAAGAUUUUUUCGCAAAUCAAAUAAAGAGGAGGGAUCCGCUUAACAUAGGGUUUCCAAACAUAUGGGCAUUGCGCUUAGUGCGAGAGUUGUUACAAUGGAAUCCGGAGGAUCGGCUUAGCGUUGAUGAUGCUUUGCAGCACCCUUACUUUUCACCUAGACCUAGCUCCUAAGCACAUUGAGGAUGAAGAUGCGCGUUUGCGUGUCUUGACCUGAAUUUUUAGCUCGGUCUUCAUAAAAGUGCGAGAGCUUGUGGAACGGCAAGUUCCUUUGUUCGUCCUGACAGGGACCCUGCUGAAGGCUGUACUUUGCUUUCCGGUCCAUUGUGCACAAUCAUGCUGCUUGCCACGGGAUCAGCAGCUAAUGCGGUGCGUUAUAUGGCCCAAGUCAGGCUAGAGGGGCCCGGUCUGAUCUGUGGGCUGUUGAUUUUGAAAUUAAUUGAUCAGGUCAAAUCGGGCCCCUCUGGCCAGAUCUUGGACCAUUGACCGUACGGGCUGAUUGACCUACCAACUGCAGGGGCUCCAGAGGCCCCGGAUUCGUUUACCAAGUUUCAACACGAUUGUCGAUAGACAGAAACGAGGUUUGGGAGAUUGCAACCCUGGUGGGUGAAUGGAAGCAUGCUGGCAGUAGGCGCAGAAGUUGGGGUUUUUGGGACUAAGGUUUGGGCUAUAUUAAUGGCUGUUGCACAAUUUUUUGGCGGGCAAAGAUUUGGGACCGAUCUUUUUGCUUUUCGGUUUUGGUUUUGGGGUGGGGGUGUGGAUUUUGAAAUCAAUGGUCCAAAUCAGCCUCUGGCCCGAUCUUGGGGCUGGUUGGCCAGCCAACUGCAGAGCCCACUAGGUUUUAAUCGUCUGAGCAACACGAUUGCGGAUGAACAAGGGCAAGCGGUUUGGAAGAUUGCUACCAUGGUGGUGGUUAAACUGAAGGAGGCCCAGUGGUAGAUGCAGAAGUUGGACUUUGGGCGACAUUCAUAGCUAUUGCAUACUUUUGGGGCAACGAUUAGGGCCAUGUUAAUAUGUUCUCUUUCUGGGUGUGUGGGGAGUGGAUUGUGAAAUGGAUGGCCCAAAGCAGACCGGCCUUCUCUUGGGGUAUUAACAGUGCGGGCUGCCUGGCCUACUAACUGCAGAUGCCCCGGAUCCAGUCACUGGGUUUCAAAUCUUCUGUGGAACAUGAUUGUCAAUGAAGAAGGACAAGAGGGAUGGGAGACUGCUAUCCUAGCGUUUGAAUGCAAGCAGGCCCAGUAGUGGACACAGAAGUUUGGGUUUUGGGGUGACUGUCUAGACUGCAUUAAUGGCUAUAGCACAACGUUUGAGGCAUAGAUUUGGGCCAUUUAAAUAUCUUUUCCUUUUCUUUUUCUUUUGUUUUUGGGGAAGGCGUGGGUGUAGGGUUCUCUCUGUUUGUAUGUCAAUGUGCCUAGUUUUUAAAGGCAGAUAGGGGUCAUAUUAACUUGUAAAUGUGGACGGUCUAGUGAGGCAUGACGGUUUUGAGGGGAUUUUUUCCUCCUCCAAUUUUCUGGUGCAAGUCUUUUUCAUUUUUAAUUUUCCUUGUGUUGUACUUUAACAAUAAUAUAAUGAGAAAAAAGAGUAACGGAUGU